AGGGAGCAGAGGAGACAGACGACAGGAGACAGACGACAGGAGACGAAAGGCUGAGACACGCUCAAAACCCCUCAAGAAAAAUGCCCAAUUUUGCAGGCAACUGGAAAAUGAAAAGCAGCGAGAAUUUCGAGGAGCUGCUAAAAGCCCUGGGUGUGAACAAGAUGCUGAGAAAGGUAGCUGUGGCGGCUGCUUCGAAGCCCCAAGUGGAGAUAAAGCAGACUGGCGAGCAAUUCUACAUCAAGACCUCUACCACAGUCCGCACCACGGAAAUCAACUUCCAAAUCGGAGAGGAGUUCAAUGAGGAGACGGUAGAUGGCAGAAAGUGUAAGAGCCUGGCCACUUGGGAGACAGAAAACAAGAUUUACUGCAAACAGACUCUUCUGAGCGGGAACGGCCCAAAGACCUUCUGGACCCGAGAACUCAGCGGGGACGAAAUCAUACUGACCUUCGGGGCUGAUGAUGUGGUGUGUACGAGGAUCUACGUUCGAGCGUAGCAGAAGUCCACAAGUUUGAGUUUCCUCCACAAAAUAGCGUCCCAGUGUCUGAACCGUCAGCGUGAGAAAAAUCACAUGAAAAUGUGGACGUCUGAAAUUAUCUGUUUUGACAUGUAACGUUUCACAUCUUCAUAAAAUCAGUUUCAGUCGGAUAUUUCUGCUUCACUCCCCCCUUUUUGUAUAUAAUUU